CAAACUAAAAACCCAAAAGUAGGUAAAAAGCCAAUUGCCAAACACCCCCAAUAUUUCGAUAGAGCAAUUAAAUUAAGCAAUCAAAAUGAGACGGAUGAUCAAAAGAACGAGAAAAAUGUUCCUAAUUCCCAAAUAGGAUAAGUCCCAAUAAAAGCGAUAGAAACAAUAGAAAGAGAGAAGCAAUCCGAAAAAACAGAAAGUAAUAAAAGCCCAAAUUCAGAUAUAAUAAAGCCCACAAUAUCCUUAAAUUACCGUCCACCUGAAAUUAUUGCCACCACCAACCGCCGGCGACUUUCUCAAUUUUCCGUCACUAAUUUUGGGGAUUUCCAUUGAUUAUUGUUCAAUUUUAGGUUUCAAUUCAAUUGUAGAACUUAAUUAAUUGGGAUUUUCUGUGUUAGAUUUGUUGAUGAAAAUGAUGAUGGCACCCUCUCCUGCUAUUAUUGCUCAUCUUCCUCUCGCAAUUUCCCCCUUUGGUGGUCGUCAAGCUUUAUUGGGGUCAUGCUUUUUCAAAAGGAAUUCUCUCAAUUCAGAUAGUUUUCUAAAGUUUGGGGCUUGUGAAGGACAUUGUUUGCGGUUGAAGAGGUCAAUGAAAUAUGGGGCCUUAUGCUUCCAGAGUGUAGGUGCCUUUUGCUACUGUAUUGACCCCGCUAAGAGGAAUGAAAGGUUUCAUAUUGGCAGGGAAUUGGGCUUUCUCGAUAGGUCACGAAGACAUAUAGCAGCAAGAUCAGAUAUUGUUAGAAAUGGAACUCCUGAAGCAGCCUUCCCCUUUUCAGAAGCUUCUUUUGGGCCCAAGGCUAGGGGAGUAUACUUUUAUGCUGUCAAUGCUGUAGUUGCCAUCGUUCUCUUUGUUCUGAUGGUUGUAUCUCACCCUUUCGUUCUUUUAUUUGAUCGAUAUAGAAGAAGAGCACAUCAUUUUGUUGCUAAAAUGUGGGCUACUUUAUCUAUCACUCCAUUCUUUAAUGUGGAAGUUGAGGGAUUGGAACAUCUUCCGCAGCCAGAUACACCUGCGAUUUAUGUUUCUAACCACCAGAGCUUCCUUGACAUCUAUGCUUUGCUUACUCUUGGACGAAGCUUUAAGUUUAUAAGCAAAACUUCGAUUUUCUUAUACCCUAUCAUUGGAUGGGCUAUGUAUCUAAUGGGAGUUAUACCACUAAAGCGCAUGGAUAGUCGAAGUCAAAUGGAAUGUCUUAAGCGGUGUAUGGAUCUUAUCCGGGGAGGUGCAUCUGUGUUCUUUUUUCCGGAAGGAACACGAAGUAAAGAUGGAAAGUUGGGUGCUUUCAAGAAAGGCGCAUUCAGUGUUGCAGCAAAAACUCAAGUGCCAGUUGUGCCCAUGACAAUAAUUGGAACUGGCAGUAUCAUGCCUGCUGGCAAGGAGACAUUGCUAAAUCCAGGGUCUGUCAAAGUUGUAAUUCACCCAUGUUUGAUGGGAAAUGACGCGCAAGUAUUGUGCAAUCAAGCUCGGAAUGUUAUUGCAGACACACUUGAGCGGCAAAGAUAAGAGUUCCAAGUCAUAAUGUGGGAUUUUCCUGAACCUUAAUCACUUUACGGGUUGAUGGUGGAUGAUGUAGAAGAUUUUGGUGCCUAAUUUAAGGCCUGUGUUCAUUUCAGUAGAGAAGACAUCUUCAGAAGUUGUAGUUUUCUUAUAGAGGAAUGGCUUUCUGGAUAAUGACAGCAAUUGGCAUCGAAAUUGGAUUAACACGGUUGUGCUUUGGAGAAAGAAGAUAUUUUUCACCUAGGAGUUUUCGCCUAUUACUAGGAUUUUCCACUCAGGAAAUGGCUAGUUAGGAUAGUAGUUUUUGGUCUGUUACUAGGCUUUCGACUCAGAAAAUGGCUAAUUAGCUUUUGUAAAUGAAUUUUAUAGCAGCUGUUGUUGUAGUUACGAUUGAGGGUAUAGGAAUGUAUAAGAGGUCUCCAUGUAGUCAAGCGAAAGGGCUGUAUUCGAGGCUUGUGAUAAAGAUGUGAUGUAGGCGCAGCCACGCUGUUGUGCAGAAUUGUGGAUUUAACACUUGUAAAAAGGCCUAGCAGGUCAAAAUUUGUCAAUUUAAUUAGUAAAGGCCUAUCUUUUGCUCAUUUCCUCCUCUCA